UCAAAGCUCAGGAAAUGCAAGCAGCUUGGUGUUAUGUGGCCAUUUACAGAUUAUCUUUAAAGUUUUGAGGUUUGGCAAGCCUAAGACAAAGUUACACAAAAAAUGCGAACAAAGAGGGUGUGCAGGACAUGGAUUUAUACUGUGGUCAUCUCCGUGUUUGAAGCAUGGUCUCAAGAUGCAGUUAACAGAGAUGUUGCUUUCAAUCUUGGGACCAACAUUAACCUGACCUGCACUAACAAGACGAGGGCUGACAUUGUAUUUAUAAUCUGGGAGAUGCACUUGAAAAACAAAACCUGUAAGAUCUCCUUUGUAAAUUACGACAAAGGUAUUGACUCUUGCAAAGAUGGAAAAUCUCUCCAAAAGACUUCCACUGGUCAGUUGUAUCUGCACGUCCCAAACGUUUCAGCUGAUGAUGUUGGACUCUACAAGUGCGAGUCGGUUUACCAUGGAGGAAAUGAAAACUAUGACAUCAAAGUGGCUGUGACAGCUCCUCCUGUUUUAUCUGCCUGGUUGGAGCAGAAGGGCAACAAAAUGGUGGCGCUGUGCAGAGCUGAAAGAGGAACACCAGUUGCCAAUUUAAGUUGGAGUUAUGGAGGCAGCUCAGAGCCUGCAGUGAAAACUCAACUGGACCCAGAUGGAUUUGUAACAGUAGAGAGUCAUCUGGAGCUCCUGGAAGACAUCGGUCCAGAAGAACUGACCUGCAUUGUCCAGCACCGUUUCUGGGAUCAGGAAAAGAUUCUGGUACCAAAACUAAGAGAAGCAAAUUCGCCUCUAUUGUGGAUACGUGUUACUUUGGUGAUCAUCUUAACUUUAGCAGGAGUCUUUCUUUUAGCACUAAAGAAAUGGCCUUCUAACGAGCCAUCAUUGGAUCCAGGUGCGUUAAACCAGGGAGAGAACUAAAACAUGCAGGAUUCCAGCCCUGCGGACCAACUUUGGACACCCCUGGACUACAUUAAAGUGGAGGAAUGUUGCAAAUCAGAAUCCAGGUUCUUAGAAUUCACCUGCAUCAGCUGAAACAAAGACUCUGUGAGCAAUAUGACCAAUACUCUGCAAAAUACAUAGUUUUAGAAAAUUUUUCAAAUACUCAUAAACCAACAUCACCAAGGUCUGGGGUCAGCUGACACUAAUCAAUUAUCUGAUAGAGGCUGGUGAAGAAAUAACACAUUUCCUGUAGAACUUUUUAACUUUUUUAUUACUUCACUUGCCGACUGAAAGCAUUCUGAGCUGUUUGAUUUUUGUCUAUGUCUGUGGCUCUACUGAGCAGAGGGAUUUGUUCUUUGAGCGCUCUACUGCACGUUUUCUUUAUUAAAGUCUUUUAAACUUUGA